AUGAGCAAUGCAAAUCCUGAUCAUCAACAAGGAUAUCAAGCACUCAUAGAAGCUGGAAACUACAUCAAGAAAGGUUGUGAAAUAAUACAGCGAGAAGCGAGCAGAGUUCGUCAUGAACAAGAGUCCAUCGAUGCAAUGUCGAAGAAACUAGACCAGUUUCACUUUUCAUCCACUGUUAAACUGAACGUUGGUGGUCAACACUUUACCACAACUGUUCAGACGCUGAAAAAAGAUCCCAACUCAAUGUUAGCCGCCAUGUUUUCUGGAAAGUUUGAGAUGAAGCCUUCUGAAGACGGUUCUUUCUUUAUCGAUCGUGAUGGAACUUACUUCCGGUUUAUACUAAAUUAUCUUCGUAAUGGCGAGCUGAUUUUACCAGAUGGUGCUACAUUCCUCAAGGAACUCGAAGCUGAAGCUAAGUUUUAUCAGCUGCAAGGGAUAUUGGAUGAACUGAAUCCUAAAGAACCGUUCGAGGAGUCGGUGAUACUGACGAACGAAGAGCAUCGAAGAAUCUUGAAAAGUUGGUUACCUGAGGCUAUUACAGGGGAAUGGCGUUUGCUAUUUCGAGCUUCACGAGAUGGCUUUGCUGCUUCAGCGUUUCAUUCCAAAUGCGACAACAAAGGACCUACAAUGACUGUUGUAAAAAGUGGUGGCCGAAACAUUUUUGGAGGCUUCACUGAGAACGCUUGGACAAGUAAGAUAAAUUGAUAUAAUUCUAAACUACAACUGAAUUAGUUUUAUCGAGUAACUCAUGACUCCUGGUUGAGAACUUUAAUUCAAAUUUUAUACAUGUCGCAUAGCCUGUGUAGUGAUCCCAAGAGCAAUAAAGUAUCCAAACAAACAGAUUUAACUCAGCCAAUUUCAUUGCAAAAGUAACAUUGCCGCCGCUAUCAAAAGCACAUGGUUUUCAUAUCCCAGCAUACUUAGCGGCCUAAUACAUUACAUCUCUCCUUUCCUCAGAAAAAUGCUCCUUUACAUGAAAAUAGAAAUCUCCACGAAUAAUAAAGUCAACUAUACUAACGAUAAAGUCUCUUCUUCUAAAAUACGCAAACAGAAACUUAAAUGUUCAAACUGUACAUAGUUCUGAAGAGAGAAUCAGUGUUCAUGUUCCCCAAAGAAAAUUAACAACAUAGUCCAUAGUCUGGGUGUGGGGGUGUUGACACAGAGUCUGACCCUUGUUGGGGUGUGGGAUCUCCCUCUCUAAUGUAGUGCUUCACAUUACUUGUGUUUCUGGAGUACUGGUUCUCUGCUGGACUCUCUACUACGAGGCUGUUUCCGGUGUUGCCGACCACCUUAAAGGGGUUUGGGUUGAAUGCAGUGCUGAGUUUGUUAGUCGUGUCUUGUUGGACAAGAACUUCAUCACCCAGUUCAAUGCUGGAGGGACUGGCCCUGCGGUGUAUGUCUGCAUAAGCUUUACUGUUAGCUUUCUGUUCAGCAUCACGAUCAUGUACUUCAUGGUCAUAGGCAUGGUCGAUGCUUAAAUCAGCGAUCUUCCCCUUGACCUUUCGGUUAAACAGUAGCUCAGUGAGAUUCUUUCCAGCCGUAUUAUGGGGAAUGCUUCUAUAGGCGGUGAGAUACUUCUGCCUGAGCAAUUUGUAGUCGUUUCAACAGUGACCGAUUCUGUCUCUCGUCCUCUCCGUUGGCUUGGGCCCACUUGGCAGUACCUUUCUGAUGUAUAAUACUAUGCUGUUCACAAUAUUGUCUAAAUUCAUUCGACUUAAAUAGUGGACCAUUGUCUGACUUGAUGGUAUUUGGCAGCCCAUGUCUGCAGAAGGCAUCAGUCAGACGGUCUAUGAUCGUUUCAGUAGUAGUGGACUGCAUAACCUCGACUUCAUAAAAGCGGCUGAAGAAAUCAACAAUGACUAAUAGUGAAUGUCCGGAUGGUAGUGGUCCCAUUAAAUCUACUGCGAAGUCUUUCCAGGGUCCAUCGAGUAAUGAGGUGGAUCGAAUGGGUUCAGGGGGAUCUGGCCGUGCCACCAGCUGACACCCAUGGCAUGCUCGGCAAUGUCUCUCAGCUGCUUUAUCCAUCCCUGGCCACCACACCUUGGUUCUGAGGUUCUGUUUGGUGCCAACCACGCCCAAGUGGCCUUCAUGAGCAAGUGUUAAGGUCCUUGGCUGUAGCUUACUAGGAAUAAUAACGCGUGUACAUCUACGCACGAGAUGACCAAUGACACACAACUCCCCCGCCACUGUCAUACAUUGUCUACACUUUUCAAACCGCCCCGUAGCAAUAGCUUUCCUCACUUCUUUCAGCUCUUCAUCGUCAGCAGAGGUCUCUUCUAUCUCACGGGUUGUGAGUGCCGUUGGUGUUGCACUUACAGCAGCAAACCUAACAUACUCUUCAGUACACCGCUGGUGGUUGUCAGGUUUAACCUUCCUAUGAAGUAGUGGCGACAAUGGAUCAGCAAUGUUCUCGCGCCCAGCCAUAUGAUUUCAGUGUGAUACACAGGCCUGUAAUCUGAGAACCCAUCGCUCUAUCCGUGCACAUGGUCUUGACCGUGGACCAUAAAUGACCUCUAAAUGCUUGUGGUCGGUCUCUACAACAAACUUCAUCCCAUACACAAAGACAUGGAAUCUCUUACACGCCCACACCACACCCAGUGCUUCCUUCUCUGUCUGGGAAUAUCUCUGCUCACAUCCGGUCAAACUACGACUCACAUAACAUACCGGUGUCCAUGCGCCGUCCUGCUCCUGUACGAUAACAGCGCCCAGCCCAACUGGACUGGACUGAUUAUCUUGGUGGGCGCAUUCUUAUCGAAAUAUGCCAAAGUGCAAGCUUCUGCCAUCUUCUGUUUGAGAAAUUCAAAGGACUUCUUCUGCUCUGGUCCUCUCUUUCCUUGUCAGCCUUCGCCGUGGUUCGGAUAAAGUGGCAAAGUGAGGUAUGAACCGGCUACUGUAGUUGGCUAAACCCAGAAAGCUAUGUACAUCUGACGCACUCUUUGGUUCUUCCACCUCUAAUACUGCUUUGCCACGAUCUGCUGUAGGACCAACGCCUUUCUCUGAAAGCAGCAUACCCAUGAACAAAGCCUGUCUGUAUUGAACAAACAUUUCUCAGCAUUUAAAGUGAUACCGCACUCUUGCAGAUGCUCUAUAGUUUGGUGGAGUCGCCUGUUGUGUGUUUCUGUGUCGGGACAAUGCACCACAAUGUCAUCCGAAAUGUUUUGGACACCUUCAAUACCUGCCAGGGCUGAAGCAAUUUCUUGUUGAUAUUGUUCACUGGCAGAACAGACACCAAAGAGCAAGCGCUUAUAUCGAAACAAACCAUCGGGUGUAGCAAAGGUUGUGAUUUCCCUGGAUUCUGGGCUCAACUCCAACUGGUGGUACCCCCAUUUAAGGUCUAAUUUACUGAAGACCUUAGAACCAUUCAUGGUAUGUAACACCUCAUCAACUGUGGGAAUUGGAUAUCGUCUUUGCAUGAUUGCUUGGUUUGCCUGUCUCAUGUCCACACAUGGGCGGAUUUCGCCGUUGUUCUAUGGGACGAUCACCACAGGGUUGACCCAGGGGGCUUGACCCUCCACUGGUUCAAUUAUUCCCAGGUUCAACAGUUCUGUGGUCUUAUCUCGGAUCUUUCCUCUCAGAUUAAAUGGUAUCCUUCUAUAAGGCUGUGCAAUAGGUUUUACAGUGGGGUCUAUAUCCAGGGAUAUCUGUUCUUUUUUCAAUUUUCCAACACCCUCAAAUACCUCUGGGUACUGCUGUUUUAAACUGUCAGUUUUACUUGUUUCCAUAGCAGUGUUAAUCCCAAUUUUCAACACUCCCAGUUUUGUGGCUGUUAUCUUUCCAAGCAGUGACAUCCCUCUACCUUUAAUUACCAAGACCUCAGCUUUGGUGGAUCUAUCACAAACACUCACUGUACACUUAAAACUACCCUUAACUGGUAGUGGCUGACUAGACGCAUAUGGGUACAGCUUCUCGUCUGGGGUAGCAGCUUGUGAUUCACAUUUCACUCCCUUCACCUUUAGCUGUUCCCACGUCCCCUCGUCAAUAAUGUUGCUGUUUGCCCCAGAGGCUAUUAACAUCUUGAGGUCAGCUCCUCCUAUUUGUAUGGUGACCAUUUCUGAGUGUUCUCCUUCUGAAAUACUGAAUGCAUAGUCAUGCUGGGGCCCAGGGUCAUUGACAUCGGGUUCGCUCCCAACCUGACGAGCAUAUGACUUUGUCUUGCAAACUUUUUCAAAAUGAUCUUUCCCGCGACACUUUCUACAUGUUUUCCCUCUUGCUGGGCACUGGGGAUCACGACCGAAAUGUCCCAAUAAACCACAUCUAUAACAUAUCUUAUCUCUCUCUUGGAAUCGCCCUUGUGUGCUACUACUCGGAUUGUUACGUCUCUCAUUGAUUCUAUUGAUACUUUCUGAUUCUUCCCCCUCUACUGAAAGGGUAGCCAGUUGGGUUUCUAUCUUUUCGAAUUUUGCGGCAACCUCUAGGGUGCGUGUUAAGUUCAGUCCUAGGCCUUCUUCAAGCAAUUUUCGUUUGAUGUAAGUGGAAGUGCAGUUAUUCAAAAGUGCAUCUCUUAUCUGGUUGUCGGUAUCACUGUCAAAAUCACAAUCUUUAGCUGCUUUCCUUAAGCAAGUGACAAACUGUUGAACUGUCUCACCUGGGUUUUGCGUGAUCCGAUGAAAGGUCUGGCGGGCGAAUGCUGAAUUUACCUGUGGCACGAAAUAGGCGUUGAGAGCUUCAACAGCACUGGCGUAAUUUGUAGCAUCCCCGGUUUCAGUUAAGGUGGUAAAUAUCUCCUGUACAUCAGGCCCAGCCAGGUGGAGUAACGUUGCUCUUCGCCUCUUUUUGUUGCUGCUGUGGUUCCUUCGCUUAUAAUAAGCCCUUUCCCGUCGGCGUACAGUUUGAAUGAAGUUAACCACCUCUUCCAUCGGGGGUCAAUCGUCGCGUCAGAGAAACAAUCAAACUUCGGUAACACGUUCUUUUCCAUUUUUUUGUCCUCGUCGCCAAUGUAGUGAUCCCAAGAGCAAUAAAGUAUUCAAACAAACAGAUUUAACUCAACCAAUUUCAUUGCAAACGUAACAUGGCCGCCGCUAUCAAAAGCACAUGGUUUUUCGAACUUUUUCCUAUCCCAGCAUACUUAGCGGCCUAAUACAUUACAGCCUGUGUGACAGGNAAAAUCACAAUCUUUAGCUGCUUUCCUUAAGCAAGUGACAAACUGUUGAACUGUCUCACCUGGGUUUUGCGUGAUCCGAUGAAAGGUCUGGCGGGCGAAUGCUGAAUUUACCUGUGGCACGAAAUAGGCGUUGAGAGCUUCAACAGCACUGGCGUAAUUUGUAGCAUCCCCGGUUUCAGUUAAGGUGGUAAAUAUCUCCUGUACAUCAGGCCCAGCCAGGUGGAGUAACGUUGCUCUUCGCCUCUUUUUGUUGCUGCUGUGGUUCCUUCGCUUAUAAUAAGCCCUUUCCCGUCGGCGUACAGUUUGAAUGAAGUUAACCACCUCUUCCAUCGGGGGUCAAUCGUCGCGUCAGAGAAACAAUCAAACUUCGGUAACACGUUCUUUUCCAUUUUUUUGUCCUCGUCGCCAAUGUAGUGAUCCCAAGAGCAAUAAAGUAUUCAAACAAACAGAUUUAACUCAACCAAUUUCAUUGCAAACGUAACAUGGCCGCCGCUAUCAAAAGCACAUGGUUUUUCGAACUUUUUCCUAUCCCAGCAUACUUAGCGGCCUAAUACAUUACAGCCUGUGUGACAGGCAUUUGUGCAUUAAUCACCCUUGUUAAUUUCCUUCCUAAUUUUUAAAUGACUAUUUCCUCUUUAUUCUGUGGGCUCAUACUUGGAUGUAUAGAAUUACCAUACAUUAUACUCACAACCUCGUUUCCAGAGUUCUCCGUAGGGACGGGUAAGAGAGAACCCUGGGAACGAGGUUGUUAUACUUGUCAAAUAUUGGUAACUUCUUUAUAGAUGGCUUUAACUUAUUUCUACGUUUCUCAGGGGAAGACUUUUCGGUAGAAUGAAAAAGGAUAUCGUCAAUCGCCUCAGGCCAAAAUUUCGUAUUCUAUGCAAAGGAGAAAGUCUGUUUAGUUUAUUGCGUGGGCAACCGAGCUCAAUACAGGUUCAGGAUCAAAGAAGUGAGAUGGGACAGAAAUUGUUUGAAAGGUUUAGAUUUCAAUAACCUUGAAAUUUAAAUUUGAAAAUGACUGCUUAGUACAUAAUGUCUGAAUAUAUAUGUCAGGUGUAAUCACUGUUAUUCACAGGUCUUAAUACAUAUGUGUCAUGUCGCCAUGCCUUCCUGUUCAGCUUUGUAAACCCAAAUGGCCUGGGACCAACCAAACUGUCGCUCAUCACUGGGAAGGAAGAGGGUGGCAUCCGUUGUAAUAGCGGCUGUGGACCAAUGUUUGGUGAUGGGAAUGACCUAUGGAUAAUGAAUAAUGCAAACACAAUUUCUAGUCUCAGCAAUCUCGGCCACACCUAUCAGCUUCCACCAGGACAACAGUGCACGUUCUUCACAGGUGCCCCAAAAUUCAAUGUUGCAGAUUACGAGGUGUUUGGACUCUGCCAGUGA